AUGGCUUUACUACUCUGGAUUCUUUCCAUCCUAGGAACUGCAACAUUUAUCCUAGGGAAUUUUGCAAAUGGCUUCAUAGUGCUGGUGAACUGUAUAGACUGGAAAAAGAGACGGAAGUUCUCCUUAGUGGAUCAGAUACUCACUGCCCUGGCAGUCUCCAGAAUUGGUUUACUUUGGGUAAUAUUAAUAAAUUGGCAGGCAAUUGUGCUCAAUUCAGAUCUAUUUAAUUUGAAGGUAAGAAUGUUUGCUCAUCUUGCCUGGAUAUUAAUCAAUCAUUUCAGCAACUGGCUGACUACAAGUCUCGGUGUAUUUUACCUACUAAAGAUAGCCAAUUUCUCUAGCCUUCUAUUUCUGUACCUAAAAUGGAGAAUCAGACAGGUACUUCUUGGAAUAAUAUUAGGAAGCUUGCCCUUUCUGAUGUUCCACUUUGCCGUGGUGAGCAUAUAUGACACUGUGCAGAUAAAUUUUGAAAGAAACACGACUUUGAGUACCAAAUUGGUACAGGUUGUAAACAUUUCAAAUAUGACUGCUGAGACCCUAGCCAAUUUAAUUCCCUUUGCUCUGUCCCUCACAUCUCUUGUCCUGUCAGUCUUCUCCCUGUGGAAACAUCUCAAGAAGCAGCAGCUCAAUGAUAAAGGAUCCCAGGAUCCCAGCAUCAAGGUCCACAUUAGAGCCAUACAAACUGUGAUCUCCUUCCUUCUGCUGUUUGUCAUUUUCUUCCUGUGUUUGGUCAUCUCAGUCUGGAGUUCUGUGAGGGUAGAGAAGAAAGCUAUUGCUGUGUUCUGCAUGGCUCUGGGAACCUUGUAUCCUUCAGGCCACUCAUUUAUCCUGAUUUGGGGAAACAAGAAGCUGAAACAGACCUUUGUGGCACUGUGGCACAGUUUCAACUGA